AUGAUGUGCUCCUGGCUCCCCAUUUCCGCUUUGUUCUUCACCCUUCUGCUUGGCUUCUGCCCCUGUGGUGCCGAGUUUGCCCCGGAUCUGAAGUCUGUUGUCUCCUCAACAAUAAGCUCCGAGAAUCGUACUAUUUAUGGCAUUGUAUUUGAUGCUGGCAGCACCGGGACACGAAUCCACAUCUACACCUUUCACCAGAGAGCUGGAGGUUCUGUUCUGGAGCUGGAUGGAGAAAUCUUCGAGUCGGUAAAGCCCGGUCUCUCUUCUUAUGCCAAUCAGCCGGAGAAGGGUGCAGAUGCUGUGCGUUCCUUGCUGCACUUGGCACAGGACGCUGUUCCGUCUUCUCACUGGAGCAAAACUCCCGUCAUACUGAAAGCUACUGCCGGCUUCCGACUGCUUCCUGUGCACCAGGCUGAAGGCCUGCUAUCCGAGGUGAGGAAAGUCUUCAUCUCGUCUCCUUUCCUUGUGCCUGAAGACAGCGUCACCGUCCUGGAUGGGACUGAUGAAGGAAUAUUAGCCUGGAUCGCUGUAAACUUUCUGACAGGUCGGUUAGAUGGAGAUCGCAGUGUGGGCACUUUGGAUUUGGGCGGAGUAUCUACACAGAUCACCUUUCUUCCUCUUACAAAGGCGACGUUGGAUGAGACGCCGCACGAGUCUUUGGCUUCCUUUGAGCUCUUCAAUAGCACGUAUCGUCUCUACACACACAGUUAUCUGGGUCUGGGUCUGAAGGCCGCUCGUCUUGCAGUUCUCGGAGCUUCGGUGUCUGUAGUCCAACAGAAGCAGACCUUCCGCAGCCACUGUUUUCCACCCACCCUGGAUGGAUCGUGGGCGUUUUCUGGGGUGACCUACAGAUAUGGAGGACACUCUGAUGGUCUUGCCGGAUUUCAUCUGUGUUACUCGGAGGUCCGGAGCAUUGUAGAAGGAAAGCUGCAUCAGGCGGAUGAGAUCCGACGCAGCCCGUUCUACGCCUUCUCUUACUACUACGACCGCGCUGUGGACGGCAGCCUGAUCGAUUACGAUAACGGCGGGGUGCUGGAAGUCCGGGACUUUGCAGAAAAAGCAAGAGAAGUGUGUGAUCACAUGACCAGCGACUCCUCCCACAGCCACUUCCUGUGUAUGGAUCUGACCUUCAUCACGGCUCUGCUCAGGGAAGGUUUCGGCUUCGAGGACGGGACCGUCUUGCAGCUGACCAAAAAAGUGCGCGACGUGGAGAUGAGCUGGACGCUGGGCGCCGCCUUCCACGUCUUGCAGUCCCUUUCAUCGGAGUAGCACCAGUGGCGAUCUCACAACCACGGUG